GAAGAAGAAGAAGAAGAAGAAGAGAGGUUGGUGAGUGGAGAUCAGCAGUCUAUGGAGGAGGGGGAGAUGAUUAUGGAAAGUAAACAGGAGGAAUCUUCUCUACAUAAGGACACAAGUGGUCUCUGUGUCCGGAACAUCUCUGAGGAACGUCUGAUGUCAUCUCCAGACUAUAACUCAAAAUCGAAUGAUGUCACUCAACACUUUCCAGGAGAAAUUGUCAUUCCUCAGAAUACACGGAGAUCGAUGGAUCCCUCUAAUCCUCAGGAGUCCUCUGAUGUAUCACAUGAUGUGACUCCAGAUAUCCAUCCAUCAAACCCCAAGGAAUCUUUCCGAAGCCAAGAAGGAGUUCACACAGGAGAGCGCUUAUUGUUAUGUUCGGUGUGCGGGAAAUCUUUCACUAAAAACAGAAACCUUCUUAGACAUCAGAGAGUUCACACGGGCGAGCGUCCCCAUUCAUGUUCAGAGUGCGGGAAAUGUUUCAUAGACAAACCACGGCUAAUUCGACACAGAAGAAGUCACACAGGGGAGCGUCCCUAUUCGUGUUCAGAGUGCGGAAAAUGCUUCACUGAGAAAGGGGACCUUCUUAGACACCAGAGAAUUCACACAGGUGAACGUCCUUUUUCGUGUCCAGAGUGCGGGAAAUGUUUUACUCGGAAAAGAAGCCUUGUCACACACAGGAAAAUUCACUCCGGGGAGCAUCCCUAUUCAUGUCCAGAGUGUGGGAAAUGUUACAUUCAGAAAGGAGACUUUCUUAGACAUCAGAAAAGUCACACUAGUAAGGGUCCUCAUUUAUGUUCAGAGUGUGGGAAAACUUUCACUCUCAAAAAAAACCUUCUUACACACCAGAAAAUUCACACGGGUGAGCGUCCCUUUUCCUGCCCCGAGUGCGGGAAAUGUUUCAUUCAGAAAGCAAGCCUUCUUACGCACCAGAGAUAUCACACCGGUGUACGCCCUUUCUCAUGUUCACAGUGCGGGAAAUGUUUCACCGAGAGAGGAAGCCUUCUUAGACACGAGAGAAUUCACACGGGUGAACAUCCCUAUUCAUGUUUAGAGUGUGGGAAAGGUUUCAAGAUUAAAGCAGAGCUUCUAAAGCAUCAGAAAAUCCACACUGGUGAACAUCCCUAUUCUUGUCCAGAGUGCGGAAAAUGUUUCCACGAGAAAGGAGAACUUAUUAAACAUCAGCGAAGUCAUACUGGUGAGGGUCCUUAUUCAUGUUCCGAGUGUGGAAAAUGUUUCUCUCUCAAAGGAAACCUUCAAACACACCAGAGAAUUCACACGGGUGAGCGUCCCUAUUCGUGUUCGGAGUGCGGGAAUUGUUUCAGUCAGAAAGCGAGCCUUCUUAGACAUCGGAGAUAUCACACAGGCGAACGUCCCUAUCCAUGUUUGGAGUGCGGGAAAUGUUUCACUGAGAAAAUAAGCCUUGUUAGACACCAGAGAACUCACACAGGUGAACGUCCCUAAUGAUGUUCACAGUGCGGGAAAUGUUUCAUUGAAAGAGCCAGACUUCUGAAACACCAGAGAAUACACACAGGCUAACAGGGCAAGGAGAACGCAAACCCUUCCUAACAGGCAUGGUAGGUAUGUCCUCCCUGGAACACUGGAGACAUAGGUAUGGAUACAUUUUGUAACCCCAUGAGACUCACAUUAUCUGGAAGGAUGGACUCAAGUAUGUCAUAAAGCACCAGAGGUGUGGCACAAAUUCUAAAGUUAUGGGGCAACAAAUGGGUAACCAUAACAAUACAUGGGGAAACAAAUAGGCAACCAUAACAAUGCUUAGGACAACAAAUAGGCAACCAUAACUACUUGGGGCAACAAAUGGGGAACCAUAACAAUACACGGGGCAACACAUGGGCAACCAUAACUACUUGGGGCAACAAAUGGGGAACCAUAACAAUACACAGGAAAAAAAAUGGGCAACCAUAGCAAUGCUUAGGACAACAAAUAGGCAACCAUAACUACUUGGGGCAACAAAUGGGGAACCAUAACAAUACACGGGGCAAUACAUGGGCAACCAUAACUACAUAGGGCAACAAAUGGGGAACCAUAACAAUACACAGGGAAAAAAAUGGGCAACCAUAACAAUGCUUAGGACAACAAAUAGGCAACCAUAACUACUUGGGGCAACAAAUGGGGAACCAUAGCAAUACACGGGGCAACACAUGGGCAACCAUAACUACUUGGGGCAACAAAUGGGGAACCAUAACAAUACACGAGGAAAAAAAUGGGCAACCAUAACUACUUGGGGCAACAAAUGGGCAACCAUAAUAAUACAUGGGGCAACAAAUUGGCAACCAAAACAAUGCAUGGAGCAAAAAAACAAGCAGCCUUAACAAUACAUGGGGCAACAAAUAGGCAACCAUAACAAUACAUGGGGCAACAUAACAAUACAUGGGUCAACAAAUGGGCAACCAUAACAAUACAUGGAGAAACAAAUGGGCAACCAAAACUACUUGGGGCAACAAAUGGGAAACCAUAACAAUACAUGGGGACACAAAUAGGUAACCAUAACAAUGCUUAGGACAACAAAUGGGCAACCAUAACUACUUGGGGCAACAAAUGGGGAACCAUAACAAUAUACACAGGGCAAAAAAUGGGCAACCAUAACUACUUGGGGCAACCAUAAUAAUACAUGGGGCAACAAAUGGGCAACCAUAACAAUACAUGGGGCAACAAAUGGGCAACAUAACAAUACAUGGGGAAACAAAUGGGCAACGAUAACUACUUGGGGCAACAAAUGUCAAACCAUAACAAUACACGGGUCAACUAAUGGGCAACCAUAACAAUACAUGGAGAAACACAUGGGCAACCAUAACUACUUGGGGCAACAAAUGGGAAACCAUAACAAUACAUGGGGAAACAAAUGUGCAACCAUAACAGUACUUGGGGCAACAAAUGGGCAGCCAUAACAAUACAUGGGGAAACAAAUGGGCAACCAUAACUACCUGGGGCAACAAAUGCGAAACCAUAACAAUACAUGGGGCAAGAAUUGGGCAACCAUAUCAGUACAUGGGGUAACAAAUGGGCAACCACAAUAAUACUUGGGGCAACAAAUGGGCAACCAUAACAAUAUAUGGGAAAACAAAUGGGCAACCAUAACAGUACUUGGGGCAACAAAUGGGCAGCCAUAACAUUACAUGGGGAAACAAAUGGGCAACCAUAACUACUUGGGGCAACAAAUGGGCAACCAUAACAAUAUUUGAGGCAGGCAUAACAGUACUUGUUGCAAAAAAUGGAUAAAAAUACGUGUGGCAACAAAUAGGCAACCAGAACAAUACAUGGGGCAACAAAUGAGCAACCAUAACAAUAUAUGGGCAACAAAUAGGCAAUCAUACAGUAACAAUACUUGGGGCAACAAAUGGGCAACCAUAACAAUACAUGGGGAAACAAAUGGGCAACCAUAACAGUACUUGUGGCAACAAAUGGACAACCAUACUUGUGGUAACAAAUAAGCAACCAUAACCAUACUUGGGGCAACAACUGGGCAACCAUACAGUAACAAUUCUUGGGGCAACAAAUGGGUAACCAUAACAAUACAUAGGGCAACAAAUGGGCGACCAUAACAAUACUUGUGGUAACAAAUGGGCGACCAUAACAAUACUUGUGGUAACAAAUGGGCAACCAUAACAAUACUUGUGGCAACAAAUGGGAAACCAUAACAAUGCAUAAGGCAACAAAUGAGCACCCAUAGUACUUGGGGCAACAAGUGGGCAAUUAUAACAAUACAAGGACAAGCAUAUAAAUACACAGACAUCAAACAAAGGCAUGGCAAAACGUAUCUAUGACAUGUACAGAAGCAUCCAGUCCAACCCAUAUUAAUCUUUCCUCAAUGGACCUCUUGUAAGUUGCUAUUGGCUGUUGCAUGUCAUUUCUAGAAGCUGGCUUUUCAUUGGUCUAGAUAAUGUAUAAUGAAUAAUAAAUGUAAAAUAUUUUUUAACUUAAUUGCACCAGAUUUGAUUUCAAAGCUCCAUUUUAUUGUAUGUUCAUUUGUUAUGCUGAUUUUCUAAAAUAAAGAAGAAUUUUUCCCUUUA